AUGUCCUUCUCCCCCGGCGCCUAUGAGAUCGCCGCCCUCGCCGCCGGCGCCACCAUUGAGCUGGUCGACUCAGUCAUGGGCCUGCCCCCAGCGCAGCAGUCAAACGGCCACGCCUCCGCAACCGAUGGCGCGGUCAACGGCGCGGCCGGCGGCGAGGCGGGAGCAGCGGAAGGAGAGGGGCCGCAGCAGCGGCGGGACGGCGGCGAGGGCGGCGGCGCGACGCGCGGCGCAUACGGGCUGCUGCGGCCGCCGGGGCACCACGCGGAGCGGAGCGCGGGCAUGGGGUUCUGCAUUUUCAACAACAUAGCGGUGGCGGCAGCGCACGCUAUGGAGGUCCACGGCCUGACGCGCAUCGCUGUGGUCGAUUUUGAUGUGCACCAUGGUAAUGGGACCCAGUCAAUCUUUUACGAUGACGACCGACUCCUGAUGAUCUCAUUGCACCAGGACUCAAACUACCCAGUCGGCAGCGGCCCCAUGAGCGACACGGGCGCGGGCCGCGGCGAGGGGUUCACCAUCAACGUGCCCCUGCCGCCCGGGUGCGGCAGUGGCGCGUACCGCGGCGCCUUUGACCGCGUGGUGGAGCCGGCGCUGGACGCCUUCCGGCCGCAGCUGAUCCUCGUCAGCGCGGGGUACGACGCCUCGGCCAUGGACCCUCUGGCCACCAUGCAGCUGGCGGCCCGCGACUACCGAUACUUUGGAGAGCGCCUGAGGGCCGCCGCGGCGCGCCACUGCGGCGGCCGGCUGGUGGCGGUGCACGAGGGCGGCUACAGCGAGAUGUACGUGCCUUUCUGCGGCCUAUACUUCAUCGAGGCCCUGGCCGGCCUGGACUCCCAGACGCCCGACCCCCUGGCCGGCGACGUCCACAACUGGGGCUACCAGGGGCUGCAGCCGUGGCAGCAUGACGUCAUCGCCCGCGCGGAGGCGGGGCCGCUCGCGGCGCUGCGCGCGGCGGUGGGCGGGCGCGGGAAGGGCGCGGCGGCGACGGGGGCGGCGGCGGCGGCGGCUGGACAGGCCGACUAG